UCUCACAAAAAAAAUCUUUUUCCUCCUCACCAUAUUUGUUAUUGGAUAUUUGCUACCGGUACUGUUCCGCUCUUCUCAUUACUUUGAUUCACCUUAACUCACUUCCUACAACCCUCACAAAAAAACAUAUAAUGAUGAACACUGAAUCCUCGUCUUUCAACAAUAGCUACAACUUCCCUCCCGUUGAAUUCCCUACGGAAUGGGGGCCUUCCGAAAACGACCAGAUGCUGUUCGGGACCGGCGAAGAUCCCUACGGCGUGACGACGUUCUCGUCGGAAGCCGAUUGGCAAACCGACAAGAUGAUGAACCACCAUCCACUCCAAGAAGAUGAUCAAGAUAUGCAAGAUGACGCAGGUGCUGCCUUUCACACCCAGCCACUGGAAGAACUCUUUGACAGUGCGCUCUACUUCGACAGCGAAGUCGACUAUCCAAACAUCACCCACGAACAAGGAGGCUUCUUGGACCCUCUUCUUAGCAUCGAAACCAACGACUACAAUUAUGACGACGAUGACUCUAUUGGUCUUCCUCUCGAAGAGCGAUACAAGGCGACCCUCGAAAAACUCCAGGCCUCUAUGAAGCGAUCCCAAGAAACGCGCAACUGUCUCACCAUGAAAACGGCAACGACAGAGGAAUACGAGCGAGUGGGAAGCGUGAAAGAAAUCCUCGCAUCCAUUUCUGCCUCCUCUGGUCAGGUCCAAAAGUAUGUCACCGCCAUCCAACGACCCAUUUGACAGUCUCCACCACACUAAUGGGGUAGAUCGAAUCCCGAUCCACUCCGACUUCUACUAUUCUUCUAACUUCCGAUACUCCGAAAAAAAAUACAUAAACAAACGAAAAUCGUUUCACUUCCGACUCUCUGCUAAGAUUUUUCAAACACAAAGGACCAGGCAACACCAAUGUUACAGGCCGACCAAUGUGUCUCUCAUGAACUCGAUUUCAUCCUACCCCUAUCUUGAGCCUUGCAUAAUAAAAGACACUACAACUACAUGCGAAUAAAAACUACAAAAUAUUAAAAAAUGCAUUACUCAACACCAAUUAUAUUGUCUUCACAACCAAACGCCGAAAGAAAUUAUUCUUAUCACUGACGGCAGCAGAAAACAAUCCGAAAUGAACAACGGCAACACAGUGGUUUGACGGACCAGUUGCGUGAACGAAGGCUGAAUCGUACAGAAAAGGUAUUUUGGCCACGACUUGAUCCGCAGACGAAAGACGUCGGAUUGAACUCAGUGCAAGUAAAAUACUCAUGCGUCCACCAGAGCACAAAUUCAAACAAACCACAUACAAAGUCAUCAUCGCUUUUCACGCUGCGAAAUACGACGAAUCCAGGACUAUCGGCACGACUCGCCAGCGAACUAAUCUUUUUGGGCAGAUCCCGAAACAGUGGCCGAUUCAAAAACACUAAGAUAGUAUAUUAUUGUAGUCGUAUUUCGAGGUUGGAGAUUAUUUUACCAUGCAUGCGUUUCCAAAGAAUUUUUAUUGGUUGUGGUGUUUGUCCAGGGGCGAAGAAAGUGUCGUUGUUCGAACUCGGUCGGUCGGUCGACCAGACCAAUUCUACCUAUGUAGAGCUUCAGAUUACACCGUUGCUUUACUGCUCCAAGGAAAAUUCAAUGGACAGAUCAUUAAACGGCACCCACAAAUAAUAUUUCGAAGAAAUAAAUAUAAUUCUCGUCGUCUUCGCAUAAGAACCUUCGACCCAGACGUAGUAGUCGCCCUAACCUCCGUCCAAUACGAUAGACUAUCCGCAGUGCGCUCGAGUGCUACUGCGCCGGAAGCUAUCUGCUUCCCCUUCGAAUCAUGUGGAAAAUGUGUGCUCCGAAACGGUGGCACGAAUAUUUGCUGAAAGCGUGCGCAAUAACAAAAAUUUUCUUCUCUUUUUCGACGAACAUCCACAAAUGAUAGGUUCCUACGGCCUUUUGCGAAAUAGAAAUCCAUUGUUUCCGGAAAAAUAACGAAAAGUCGAUACUCAGUCCCUUUUGAAUGGUUGCCGAUUAUGAAAAUUUCACAACCAACUGCGAUCACCCAAAACCGCUUCCAGAGUCAACUCAGAACCGCAGAUAAGCUGAAAUAUCUCUUUUGCCAAUGUAUAUACAGAUGCGACGCAAAUGUAAUUUCUUUAGUGUGCAACAAAAAUUCCAUGUCUUCAUUCCGAAACGCGAUCACUUUUGCUCUGGUAUUUCGAUGCGUCGUGUCGUCGACGUCGACGUGGUUCCUCCCGAAUCGGUACCGAUUUCGAUUGCAGCAUGUGUUCUGUAGUGCAGAGUACAACGAUUCUGCGAGCCCUUGCUUCUUCCGUUUGAAUGAACCACGUGCUUGUCC